UCUGAUCGUGCCACAAAACUGAGUACGGAUUCCAUUAGCGACGAUCGGCACUGGCAGCUGUUCACCGUACACACAAAAACUGACCACGUCACAGGGAAAUCUGCAUUCCAACAUGAGCAAAGUAACCUUUAAAAUCACGCUAACCUCGGACCCAAAGCUGCCUUUCAAGGUGCUCAGUGUACCGGAGGGAACCCCAUUCACGGCCGUGCUCAAAUUCGCAUCGGAGGAGUUCAAAGUGCCCGCAGAGACGAGCGCAAUCAUCACCGACGAUGGUAUUGGCAUCAGCCCCCAGCAGACGGCCGGAAACGUAUUCCUGAAACAUGGCUCCGAACUGCGUCUCAUACCCAGAGAUCGUGUAGGACAUUAGCUAGUUCAACGUAUUUCCCGCUUGAGAUUUUCCCCCCCAAUUAAAUGUAAUAUGAAGAAAUCCUCA